AUGGUUGAUGGAUUCAACGCUAUAGUUCUCUAUAUGCUCCAAGAUGAAGAUGUGGCCUACCAGUUCCAUUCUUUUAUUUAUGAUUACCUGUAUCGAUUCUGGUUUGUAGAAAUUGGACUUGAUAAUAUUUCUGUAUUCAGGAGAGACAUUAGGACAAAUAAUUAUUUAGAAAGUUACCAUUCAAUGCUAUUGCAAAUUAUGAAGCCUCAUCCUAAAGUAUGGGAGUUUAUUGAUCAAUUGAGGUUUUUAGAAAACCAAAGCGAGGUUGAAUUUAAGCAAGCUCGGAGCAACCUCAGAAUCCGUGUUGGUGUUUCAACAAGAACAAGGGAAUCCAAUACAAGAGCAAUUGAAGAAUUUUUGGAAGAAAUGACACAAGACUAUACAGAAGGACGGAUUCAAACAUUUUUACGGAGAGCUGGUCACCGAGUUGAUGGAUACAUAACUCAAAAAAUUGGCCCUUAUCCAGGGGAACCAGAUAUGCUGCUACAAGAGGUUGUAGAGUAAAGAAAAUAAUGUUGAGCAACAGAUCAGGAGUCAAAUGAGGAUAGUAUAAUAGUUGCUAGAAACCUCAGGG